GGGAAGGGCGUGCCGGAGGGGGGCUGGCGCGCUUCCUCGAGAUUCCUCGGCUUGGCCCGGCCUGGUCCGGCCUGGUCCAGUUGGCGCGGAGAAGCCAGGCCUGGGAGUGAGGACGCGUCUCGGGCCGGAGCCUCGGCCGCCCGGCGCUGACACCGCCGCCCACCUAUCCUUUUACGAAAGUGACAUGAUCUUCUAGGCGAGCUUAGGCUGGAGGCCUGGCCUAAGGACCUGCCUGUGCUUAGCCAUUCACUCUCUCCCUCUGGCCCGGGUUCUUUCUUCUGUAAAAUGGAGGAGGGCGCUGUCUGCCUCACCUACGCUGCUACGGAGUGAUUAUAGGGCUGAUGCAGUCUGCCUGAAAACUGAGAAGCGCUGGUUCUUAUUCGGGCGACCCUAAGAACCACUUGGGAAGCCUUGUAAAUGCUGAGACCCCAUCUCAUGGGGUGAUUUGUUAUCUGCACCCAGGACCCAGAACCACGGAUCCAGGGUGUCAAGUGACUUGUAAUCACGACCGGAAUGUGCACUUCGUAGAGGGUGGAUUACAGUCUUGAAAAAGCGAACAGCUGUUUCUUUUUGUCCAAGAAGACAGAGACCAAAUCUGAGUAGAAGAUGUCUAUGGAUGUGACCUUUCUUGGGACGGGUGCAGCAUAUCCAUCGCCAACCCGGGGUGCUUCUGCCCUGGUCCUUCGGUGUGAGGGUGAGUGCUGGCUCUUUGACUGUGGUGAAGGAACACAGACACAGCUUAUGAAAAGCCAACUGAAAGCAGGGAGAAUUACCAAGAUCUUCAUCACACAUCUUCAUGGAGACCAUUUCUUUGGCCUUCCUGGCCUCCUAUGCACAAUCAGCCUGCAGAGUAGCUCCGUUGUCACCAAACAGCCUAUUGAAAUUUAUGGCCCUGUAGGGCUUCGGGACUUCAUCUGGCGAACAAUGGAGCUCUCUCAUACAGAGUUGGUCUUUCCUUAUGUGGUCCAUGAGCUGGUACCUACAGCAGAUCAGUGUCCCACAGAAGAGCUAAGAGAAUCUUCACACGUGGCUAAAGCAGACAGCGCUCCUAAAGAGGGACAAGGAAGAACUAUCCUGUUAGACUCAGAAGAGAACUCAUACCUUCUAGUGGAUGAUGAACAGUUUGUUGUAAAAGCAUUUCGCCUCUUUCACCGAAUUCCCUCCUUUGGGUUCUCUGUUGUGGAAAAGAAACGGCCAGGUAAACUUAAUGCACAGAAGCUAAAAGACCUUGGUGUUCCACCAGGUCCUGCCUAUGGGAAACUGAAAAAUGGGAUUUCUGUUGUCCUGGAAAAUGGGAUUACAAUUUCUCCCCAAGACGUCUUAAAAAAGCCUAUUGUUGGAAGAAAAAUCUGCAUAUUGGGUGAUUGCUCUGGAGUUGUGGGUGAUGGAGGAGUGAAGCUGUGCUCUGAUGCAGACCUGUUGAUCCACGAGGCGACCUUGGAUGAUGCUCAGAUGGACAAAGCAAAGGAGCAUGGCCACAGCACUCCACAGAUGGCAGCAACAUUUGCAAAGUUGUGCCGUGCAAAGAGGCUGAUUCUGACUCAUUUCAGUCAGAGGUACAAACCAGUUGCUUUGGCCAGGGAAGGAGAAGCAGAUGGCAUUGCAGAACUGAAAAAGCAGGCGGAAUCAGUAUUAGAUCUCCAAGAAGUGACUCUAGCAGAAGAUUUUAUGGUGAUUGGCAUUCCGAUCAAGAAGUGAAACCAGUGUUCCUGAGUACCUAUUGACGUGUCUGUGAAUAUGUUGCCAAAACUUACAGUCCAGAGUUUUGUUUUCUGGUUUUUUUAAAAAUUAUUGGCCCUAAUAAUCCUGAAAGGAUGGAGCUGCAUUGCUAAACUGACCUCGUAGUAAGAAGGAGCAAACUUUUUGAUAAUAAAUCAUUUUUUAAAAGAUAAAAAUACAUCCAACAUUCUUCUUGAAAUGUAAGACAAAAUGAUAGGUUUUUCAAAUAAACUUCUCAUUUUGUGGCUACUGUCACAGAUACAAGCCAUGAAUUCUUGGCCCUAGUUUUGCCCAUCUUUAUUGCUGUUAUUGGUAAAGUAUAUAGGCCUCUUGGCUAAAAAUGGUAUUGAUAGGGGAAUGGAGGGGAAUGGUAUUCUUAGGGGAAUGGAGGCAUUUUGUGUUGAAUCUACUCGUGUUACUAACAGAAGACAGAGAACAAUAGCUUGACAGUGGCUUUGUUAGAAUACUGAAUUCAAGAUUGGGCUGGGAGUUUGUCUUAAUAUUUUAUUGAACUUUCUAUGAUUCUUAGCUGGAUACUUCCCUAGUAAUUUAGAAAUUUUAAGGAUGUAUUCUUAUUAUAAGGACUGAGGAAUGGUGGUGAUGUUACUGGUGUUUAAUCAGCAGGGAUCAGGGAUGCCAAAUGUCCAACAGAGUUUGGGUUAGUCCUGUACAAUGAAGAAUUCUCUUACUCUAGCUGUGCAUGGUGGUGCAUUCCUAAAAUCCCAACUACUCAGGGAAGUAGGGGGAUUGAAGUCAGCCUGGAUAAGGAAGUGAAUCCCUAUUUCAGUGUCAAAUAAAAAGGCAACAGGGGGUAUGUCAGUGAUAGAACUCUUGCCUAGGAUGCAUAAGACCCUGGAUUCAAUCUCUAGUACUACCAGAAAAAAAUAAAAGAAUGAUCUCAUCCUCAAAUGUAAAUUUCAGUUCUUGUCCUAACAAGUUAAAACUCACACUCCCAAUUGAAUAUGCUUUACCAAAACUAGUGAUGUAAUGGGUUUAUAUGUAAGUCAAAUCCUACAGAAGAUUCUAAUGCUUGAAUUGGAAUUCCAUAUGAAAUAUUUUGUGAAAUAAGUGACUCACCAAGUGAAGCUUAUGAGUCUAGAGGUUUAAAUGGUACCUGUUAAACCAAGGUUUAAUUUACAUGUCCCUAUAAUAAUUCUUUGAGCACAAUUUUAAUAGCAUGUUGGCAGCAUGUUGGCAUGUACCUCUAUCCCAACGCUGGGAAGAGGUAGGGGGGUCACCUGGUCUUGGCAAUUUAGUAAGUUAGUGAGUUUGUCUCAAAGUAAAAGAGGGCUGGGGAUGUAGCUCAGUGGUAAGGCCCUAUAUUCUAUCCCCAGUACCACAGCGGGGUGAGAGAAAGGGGAGAGGAGAGAAAGGCAGAGGUGGAAAUGAACAAAUUGUAGAGUAGCUUUUCUUUUCAGAGUUACCUUCUACCUCCUUUUUGUCUGCCAUGGAGACUUUGACUCACUUGCUUCACAGUAUUUCUCAUGAAAACCAAGUGAAGGGAUUUGCUCAGAAGGACUCCCUAAUCAAACCAGUUUGGGAAACACUAUGUACUAUGUGUUCCUCUGGGCUGGUACCCAUCAACAUAUUAAACAAAGUACUGCUUGCAGUGAUCAUAAACCAGGCUUUGGUACCAGAAAGCCCUGCUUUUAGAGUUCCACUCGGGUGGUACCUUUAUGGUCGAGCAGGCAGGUUAUGAUGUACUCUGUCAUAGUUUCUUCAACUUGUUUAUCUGCAAGAUGGAAAAAAGCAUAAAAUGUGCUUCAUAGGAUUCUUGUGAAAAAAUACAAACAUAAUGUAUAUAAGGAAUGCAGCACACUGUGAAAGCAAUGAAAAGUCUUGCAGUACACAGGCCUGUCAACUCUGCAGAACUCCUUUCUCAGUCCUGUAUGUUAACAUCACAAAAGCCGAGGGAACUUGGCAGUACACACAUUUAGAAACACUGUCAAGGUGUGUACUUUUACAUUCCUUUGAGUUCUAAGGUUUCUCUACAUAAAAUUCUUGAUUCUUGGCUGGCUAUAGAGAUUACAUGGUAGUAAGUGAUGACCAAGACACCUCUGUUUACUUGAGUUCUCAAUAAUUCUAGAACGGUCAGAUUUUGACUCUAGUCUCUUUGCCUCCAAAUUGCCCAAAUUUGACCAAACUUAAGGUGUGUCUUGGUUUCCAAACUCAAUUUAAACAAGCAUUAAUUAGAAAUUAUUGUGUUCUCAAAAUGUACAAGGCAGAACUAGGGGACUAGUAGCUCAUUGCUUAGAGCUCUUAGGGGAAGGGACUAUGUCUUGCUGGCUCUACAGUCUUAGAAAUGCCUUUGUAGAGUAAGUGCUCAAACUUUCUUUGAGUGAAAUGAAGUCUUGAUAUUUUGAUUGUGCAUUCAUUUCAUUACUCAUCAAAACUUUUUAAAAUUACCUGAAUGGCUGUGUCCCUUUCGUUGAGUACCAAAUAAGUGCUAGGUACGUACAUAAAUGAACAGACAAGAGGUAUGUUUCCCGUUCUGAGCUAACAGGCUAGCGGUAGUAAUAGGCAAGUAAAACUUCCUUUCGGUGUCCCAGUCUUGUGGCCUGGCAUUGUUUUGCUGUUCUUGAACAUUAUUUGGGAGCUGAUUUGAGCCAUGAUAAGCCCUCAGAGAUGAAGGAAAGAAACUAAGAUGUUGGGUCAAGUGUAGUACUCAGUCCAUGAUGAGAAUUCUUUCCAGAUCCUCUCCCAGCCUAGAAUUUGUUUUUAAUGGCAGGACAAUUCUAAGACAACAAGGAACUAGAAGUAAAAAGAAAGGUUAUUUAACUCCUCAGAACCUGUAAUCUACUAAUGAUUGUCUGACCUUAAAGAGGAGGGAGUGGUAUAUGUAUAAUGUGCCCCAAACUUAUUUGAUCACUGAACCCUCUUUUUGCGAAGGAAUGUCUUGGAACAUUGAGAAAUGCUGUUCCUUAUAACUACUAAAAUUAUUAUACUUAUGUUUUACCUGGACAAUUUAUUGAGGUAAUGAUUUCCAUAUUUGAACUUAGUAUAAUACUUUUUGUGGCCUAAACUGACCUAAAAAUUUUCAGAAAUUCAUAGAUUCAUCUAUUUUUUGGACUUAAAACACAUACUUUCCAUUCUUUAAAGUUGUUUUCACUUGCCCAGAUGAACCACUCAUGCCUCAUUAAUAUAGUUUUAAUAAAUUUUGAAUCAAACUCUGUUAGGAGUCAAGAAUGUAUCAGUCACAGAGCCUUGGGCUGUUCACAGUGUCUCUUAAAAGUCAGUAGGCCUAGGAAGGAACCUGAGAAUUUGGAUUUUAAUACUUCCCACCUGGAGUGAUUCUGACAUGUAUGGGUGGUAGACCAGCCCAGGAGAAAAUAUCUUACCCUUUUUCUUCAAACUUAAAUUGGCAUGUAGGUAUUUUAUAAAUGAUUAUAAAUGUUUAUAUGUGUGUAUAUGUAUAUAUAUAUAUAAUUACACACAUGUAGACAUGCUUAUUUUUACAUUGAUAUCACCAUUUUUCUAUUUUGGAGCAUUUUUUCUGUUAUUAUACAUAACUCCAUGUGAAUAUUUUCAUACUAAAUCUUUGUACCUCUGAGUUAUUUCCUUCCUUGGAGUUUAUUUAUCUGAGGGUCACAAUGUCUGACUUAUAUUUUUAGGCUCUUGGUAGGAAUCACCCGCUUGUUUUCACACUCUUUGUAGGAGUGGCCUGUUUUGCUGUUCUAUCUGUAAAUGUUAUGGACAGUCAAUGUUUGAUAACAUUUCUAACAGUUCUAUCCCAAGACAUCAGUCUUAUAAUAGUUAUUUUUGCUCCUAGUACAAAUAACUUUAUUAUGUCUUUCAACUAGGAUAUAUAUACUGCAACUGUGGUUUCAUUGAAUGUUCUUGUGAAAACUUAAAAUUUGGGUAGUUUAUACUCUGUUAAAGGGAUAGAAAUCCUUACUGCGUCAAAUAUGUCCAUGACAAAUAUACAUGAAAACACUUUUUACAGAGGUAUAUAUUUAUAGUGAAAUAUAUUGAGUCUGUUCUUACAGAUUCAUGUUUUCUUUUUUCUGGUAAUGAACAUUCGUACUUUUUUCAUAUGGGAAUACUAAAAAAAACUGUUGGUCAUGGAUUUGAAUUCCUUCUUGCAAAGCAAGACGGGGGAACAUGGAGCAGUAGUGUGAACAUUUUCUCUUCCCUAGUAGGAAAUAAUAUGUGAAACUGAAAAGCAAAUAGCACUUUAAAAAUAUGUUUUAAAAAGCAAGGGCAAAGGCUGGGCCUGUAGCACAGCACUAGACCCUGCUCCCCACUCCUCCCAAAAAGAAGGGGGCGGAAAUACUAGGUAAGUAGGUAAGAGUGGAAGCAGGGCUCCUUGGCAGGAGUGAAGGGAUUGGGGAAGGACGGCUGGGGUGCUGCUGAGAUUCCUGUUUUGUUUUGUUUUUUGGGAGGGCUGCUUUUUUUUUGUUUUCAUUUUUUUAUAAACCUUAUAUGGUAGUACUUUUGCUGUUUUGAAUUACUUGUAUGUGUAUAUUCAUUUAGUAUAAAAAAGAACAGACAGAUAAGAAACUGCUCUGUGUUUUUGUUGUUGUUGUUGUUUUGUUUUGGUGCAAGGCAGGUACUUACACCACUGAGCUAAAUCCCCAGCCGAAGACAUUGCUCUGAAUAAUCAUCAGUAAUCACUGCCUGUCUUCACAUGGGCUCUCCAGUUGACAGUUCAAGUCUUUGUAACAUUCCGUCCCAUUCUCUACACUGCAGCCAGAAUGCUUUUUUCAAAACGUAAAUCUGAGCUGCCUCGCAUUCCCCAGCUUGAAACUUUUCAAAGCCUUACUAUCUUUUCAGCCCACACUCACCCCUCAGUGCUGCCCAGGUUUUCAGCCCCAGUCAUGUGGGCCUUCUUUCCGUCCUUUGUCAAGGCUUUCAGUUGUACACAGCCUCCACAUGGCCUGUCCCUCAGCCUGGAGUGCUCUUUUGCUUCCUAGGUUCUCCAACCCUAGACCUUCAGAUCACAGGUUUGCUGUCACAAUCUCAUGGACAGCUAGCCUGACCCCAGUAGCAUGUUACUCUCACAGCACUUGUGCUGCACUCUCCUGGUGUUUGUCACUGAUAGCUUCAUUUUAUUUUUGUAUUUGAUUGUUGUUUCUUUUCUCAGAAGCUCUGUAAGCUUCACAAGAACAUAACUAUGUCUGAUUUUGUUUGCCUUUGUGCCUAGCUCUGUGCCUGAAACAUAGCAGGUACUCAAUAAAUAGUAUUAACUGGCUAAA